CAUGUUCGAAGAAGAGUCUGUUUUCGUCCGGGGCAUUUUCGACCUGCUGUAUUUUCGUCCGGGACAUCUAUCCAUUUGCAACAACGCAAUUGACUGGGUCGCAAACUAUUCAUUUUCUUAAUUUGAGCGUAUCCUCUUUGUCACUAUUGCUUAAUCAAAAUACGGAUAAUGAACCGGCCUGGUCAACGUCAGUGUGGCCCGCCACAUCCAUCUUUCGGCGUUCCACCAUAUCGCGGCCCUCCUUACAAUGUCGAUGCUUCGUGUGAGCCUUCUGCACGAAAUUUACCUCCUGGACGCUCCGGACCAUUUUCGUCUUCAGCGCCCCUGGGAAACCAAUUUCUACAAAGACCUCCAGGACCUAAUUAUAUGAAUCCCCACUGUAGCUCGUUCUCCAUAGACCGUAGUACUCUUGGAGGCAGCCAGCAGCUUGCCUCUCGGCCACCACCAUCUCAUCUUCCAGGCUCCCAAUGGAAUCCAACACCUGCCAAUCACACACCAAACAACAGUGACAGUGCUGGAGAAGAGUUCCUGAGAUGUAUAGCUGCAAAUAAACCGUUCCCAGACUAUCUCAAAGGCAACAUGGCAUACAACCUGGCUGAUGCAUUAAAGUCAACCGCAAUCCUGAAAGAGGCUGUCGAGUCAGACCUUGUUUUCCAGAAGCGUUUGAUCAGGAGCAAAAGUCGGAGCAGGAGUCCGAACCACAGCCGUGGAAGAUCUCGAGCUAAAAGCCGCGGGCGAAGCCGUGGCCGUAGCUGUGCACGAAGCAGAAGUAGAAGUAGAAGUAGAGGAAGGAGUAAAAGUCACAUUCGUGGAAAAAGUCGGGCAAGAAGCAAAAGCAGAGCUCGCAGUCGAAGCCAAACCAGGGAAAGUAGAGCACGGAGCAAAAGCAGGCCGAGGCUGUCCUCGUCACGAAGUAGCAGCCUGGACAAGAGCCAUGAUAAAAGCAAAAAGCAGCCAAGGACCCACAGCUACAUCAGUGACAACACUGGUCCCAGUUCUAGUACUGGGCUCAGCGGCAGUAGUUUGUUGGAGGGACUUAAAAUGGUCAUCAACAACAAAGAAAUGGCAAAACAGCUGCCCUCUCUCAAAGAGGCAAUCCUAACUAUUCAGGCCUCAGAUAAAAGCAAAAAAACGUGGCGUGGCUCUCACGAGCAACAACAUGGAACACCAGCGGCUUCAACAUCACUGGAAAAUGAGAGCAUGCUCCUGCCUCAUGACAGAGUUGGCAGUGACUUCUCUUGGCUUCAGCCCCAAAGUCACACGGCUUCCAAAGCUGAGCCAUUUGAAGAUGAAGAGUGGUUCUUAUAUGGUGAUGAAAAAGCCAAAAAAGAACAUCUAUACUCUCAAACAUCUAUGACACGCACGACUGGACAGUUAGUCAAACCACAGUGGGAUGAAAUGAAGACUUGGGAUCUGGGCAGUAAACAGCAUAACCACGAUCAGUCAUGUUCUCGUCUUUUGGAUGGCUUCUUAUCGUCAAGACAAGUCUUUGCUAAUCUGGACAACCAUGAGUGUGAGAAGAUCAAAAUGAUAUUGAACAAUUUGACCAAAACAAACUGUAAUGAGAUCGGCAAACGGUUACUUCCAGAGCCACCUCUUAGUUCGACAGCAGCUUCUUUGGGAUUGUCUCAAGGCCCUAAGAUGCGGAGCGCUUUGGAGUCCUUACAGUCACUCAUCAAAGCAACCAAGGAUACUCGAGAAAAAGGUAAUACAGCUGAGACAUCUCUGUCAUCCUACGAAAAGCACAAGCCAGGUGAUGAAAGUGAAAGGGACAAAGUCAAACGAACAAAAAUAACUCAAACUGAAAAUUUGAUGAAAGAAAUGGGCGAAAUGCUCAAAGAGGACGGAUUACAUUUUAUUAUGCCAGUGAUUGGAUUUUACUGCCAGAUAUGUGAGGAAUUCAUUGGAGAUUUAAGUAAAGUUGAAACCCAUGCAGCCGUCCACGCUCAUCGUAAGAUUGGCCGUAAAACACUUGUGAGUAAACAUACAGAAGAGACCAAAGGACACUCCAGCUGCAGCAGCACUAGCAGCACCAAACACCAUCCCACAUUGUCAGACCAGAGAAGCAGUUAUACAGAGAGAGGAGACAGCGGGAAACCGGGAAAUCAUUACGAUAGGAGCCACGAGAGGGAUCACACAAGCAAACAGGAGGAUGGUUGUCAUGGUAGUCACCAGCCCGGGCAGGAAAAUAAUUUGUUCAAGAAGAUGAGGGAGGAGAAGAUGCUCAUAACUGUUUGUGUUAAAUCACCAAAUGUUAAGGAGGGGCUGAAUAAGGAUCAGGACAUAAAAAUCCAUGCUCAAGUUAAGGAGUUAUCAGCAUCCAAUGGCAAGUCGAAUGACGUUUGCAAAAAAGACGCAAAGGAAGAAGACGAAAGCUGUGACAGCACCGAUGACCAAGAAAAGGAAUCAAAAGUAAAAUUAAACAAAAAGAAAAAGAAAAAGGAGAAGAAAAAGAAGAAGAACAAGAAGAAAAAGAAGCGUGACUUGUCUUAGCGAUACGCUGUGCUUGCUUGUUAAAAGUUCAAACCUCAACAAAAGUCACAUCACAACAUCUUUGCGAGACAAAGUUUUGAUUUGUCAUGUGUCAAAUAGAAGUCCAUUUUUUAUUUUAUGUGGCCUGUUAAAAUUGGGCUGUGGUUUAAAACCUGUACCGGAAUUGAAAAUUGUCACGUUUGAAGUUAUUGCAAGCAUUUUUUUUAUUCUUUUGGAAAUGCUGUUCAAUAAAAGAAGAAAAAAAUAAUUUUAUUGACUUCUGAUUUCAAAAGUAGUUAUCCAUCAAUUUGCUGCGUAUCUGUAAUAAUAAUGUGAGCCGAUUAUAUAUUUUUAUGCAGUGUCAUACCUGAACAAGUUCAAUGAUUGAAAGUUUAUGAAGUUGUUCACAUUUUUGUGCGAACAUGAGCUAUGCACACAACUUUCCAUAUUUAUCACAGGCGGGUCAUCCCUCACGUGUGUACAUCCCAACCACAAAUAGCCGAUGAAUAUUCAGUAUGAGGGCGGACCCGGACAAAUCGAUAAUUUAAUCGGUCAGAUAUGAUGAGACUAUGGGUAAGUCUGUUGACAGCCUGAAACUCGUCAGUAAAUAAUACGAAAUCAGCCGCAUCACAUUAUAAGGCAAAGCAUUGAAAUCGGGGAAAAGUAGUGGUGUAUAGUCUGGAAAAAUACGGUAACUAAAAACAGAAGACAAUGAUUUAGUAUUUCAUUAUUUUCAUCCUAUAUUCAAUUGAAUAGUGACAAGAUAUCAUUUUAGCUUAAGCCUAAUCUGACAAAUGGCAAUCACAGUACUGUAUUGGGAGGAAGGAGCAGGGGCAAUGGUGAAAUAAGAUGCCAUUUUGGGAACAUUGAUUUUGCAGAUAUUCAAUCAAAAUCAAAAUGCAGCCCUAUUGUGCAAACAAACAAAUUUAUUAAGUAUUAUAAAUAUUUAACAUUCUAUAUAUUAACAUCCUAUUAGUUUGAAUCUCUUGGAUAACACACAUCUAUUCAUUUUCAGUUUUUGGAAUGUAUUGUGUGAGGCUGUUUACCUGUAUUUCAAAUGUUUUUUAAUUUUAUUUUUUUUCUCAAGGCACUUUUUGAUUCGCUCUUCAUGGUUGGUUACUCUCUGCCUUAACAAACGUGGUUCCAGAGCGACUUGAGUGAAAAUUGUACUAAAACAAUCAUUUAUUCUGUUUUGUGACUACAUUUAAUAAUAGGUUAGAGCUGGUUUAGCAUUAGCAUGUCUUACCCUGUACAUUACUAUUCGUUGUCCUUCCAUGUUAAAGGACUUCUUUUUUCAUUUUCAUUUUUUUUCUUAACAAUCUUUGAUAUAUCACGUUUGGAAGAUAAUUUGGGUUGGAUAUGAGCAGGCCGGAUGCCCUUUUUCCAAGCAAUUUUUGUUUGUCUGAAAUAACUGCUAAUUUGAAUGGUCAAUUUUCUCAUUGGUCUUUAAAAAUGUUCAACAUGAAAAUAACCUUUACUCCAAUUUCAUUUCUGUUCUCAUUAAUUUGAUUUACAAAAGAUCUUUCCUCAGAUUGGCUAUGUCCUGACAUGGGCGGUUACUGGCCACAGUGUCUCCUGAUUGUGUUGGCUCCAUUGAAAUUUAGCAAGCUGGUUAAUUCAUUUGAUUUAACUUCAAGUCAAGUAUCAAGUACAGUGAAACUCCUCUACAACGAAAUCAUGUUUGCAGCAAGAAAAUUUUUCACAACAGCGUUUUUUUCACUGUGGCAAAUUUGAUUUCAGAUGUAAGCACACACACACAAACAAACGUAUGUGUACACACACACAAAUGUAUGUGUACUCUAUUUUGAUUCCAAUAGUGCAUAAGUACGAGCACACACUUAUUUGACACUUCAUAUUGUCAGGGUAGAAAGAAAAAAAGAGAAUGAAAUUGCGAAAUUUACGGUCAGCAUUCACUUUCACUUACAUCAAUUUCUUGGAUAAUGUCUUUUAUUUUGCUUGCUCCGUUUUUCAUUUUGAUCACUUUUACCCUCUCUUCCAGCAUCAGAGCUCUUCUUGUCUUAGCUGACAUCGAAAGGUCCGUUUUGUAGCCAUUUUAGCAAUGCAACACUGUGACAAUGAAGCACUUGAGGUAUUGAUUACAUGUAAAUACAACUAGGCUCCUCAAAUAUACAUCACAAUAAAUAGACAUGAUCUUCCACACCUGAUGGGUAUUUUCUGGAACUAGACCAUUUUGAAUUUUAGGUGAAUCAGUACGAAUGCUAUGUUGUUCCUCAGCAUUUCCCCCAUACUGCCACAGGGGGAGCCAAAGGAUCACUCCGAAUUCACUCAAAUGUUCGUUUCCACUAAAAGAUUGUUUUGUUUUGUUUCGUUUUUGUGAGACGCUGUCAACACGAUUGGUUAGCAACAAACAGAAGGUUGCAUGCAAUUUAUAUAAAUGUCCUUGUCCUAACAAAGCUGGCAAAAUUGUUGGCCUAUAUCAGCUUACCGUAUCUGAAUUUGAGUCAUAUUGGGGUAUGUUAGUGUCAACAGCUGCUGAUUUCUCACCACAGACAAAAUAGAUGCCGUUUACACUCAUGGGUCAAAUGUGACUAUAAUUAAUUUGAAUAAUUGUUUUUAAAGCAUAUAUUCCUAUCAUGACAUAAACACUCACUAUUUAUCUGGGCAUGAGGCAAGCAGGGAGUCUCAUCAUUUUGUCAGCAGCUGCCCAAGGUAAGCAAAUGUUUUUU